AUUUGACAUUUGACAUCAAAAUUGAAAGAAGCGCCAUCGAGUUGCAGGCGAUUUUUCUUUAAAAAGUCAAAAGAAAAUGCAUUGCAUUCGUCAAAAUAGCUUUGAUUGCGUAGUUCUAUUAAUUCUUCAUUAUUUAAAAGAGUUUUAGACUUAAUUAUACGUGCUGUUUUAUCAGAUAACAUUGUUAUUUCAUUUGCUAAAUUUGUUUUCAACCGUGGCGACUUUUACAAUGUACUCUUGGAGGGAUUUGACAAGCUAAAAUGGCGGCGUCUUUUAAACUUAAAAAUGUUUUGAGUUUUUCGCCAUUUAAGUGAAGUAAUUUUAUGCAUCAAGUGUGUUUAAAUAAUUGAGUGAAGUGCGAAGUAUAAACUUUUCAAAAUGGAUCACAAUUUGGAAGAUUCCUUGAACCUUGACAGUGCCAUGGGAAUGGACUUUGAGAACGUGGGCGAUGUGGUGGUGAGCCAGGCGGACAUCAGCCUGGACGCCAGCGCGUGCAGCGACGGCGGCAUGCAGAUGGAGUUCCAGCACAUGGAGGAGCAGUCGGUGUUGAUGGACACCGGACACGAGGAAAUCAUUGAUUUCAUGGGUGAUCAGUUUGCUCUUCAAGAAUACUCAGUGCAGGAUGACCAGACUACGUCAGCUACUACCACAGAAGAAUCUAAUCAAAAUAUUCUAACACAAUCUGAUCCUCUGCUGGACUUACAGUUUGAAACACAAACUGUGGCACCAAUGAAACAAGCCCAACCAAAAUUCAUCCCAUUGAAGCAGGCGACGGGCUUACGCGCGUCUUCUAGCGAAGCUAGCCCGAUCAGCGCGGGCGCGGUGGCGGCGCCGCGCGCGGUGGCCAUCGCGCCCAAGCCGGCGCGCGCCGUGGCCAUCGCGCCGCGCCCCGUGGCGCUCGUGUCCAACAAGAGCUUGGUCAAGAAGCUGCCGCUGGCCGGCGUCAUCAACGCUGGCACCCGCGGCAACACCGUGCUGGCUCAAAUAGGGAAGCAGCUGGUGAUGAUGCCUCACAACACUCCGAAGAUAAAGCUGGUCACAUCGGGCAGUUCAGGAGUGCCAAACUUCCAGUACAUCAAAGCCAACACCAGUCAGGCACAAGUUAUAAAUACAAAAAACGUAACCAGUGUGCAGAGUGGGAAACAGAUAAUGGCCAAAGUGAUCGUACAAGGUCAAUCGAGUGCGGAUCAAUCCAAUCAACAGACGAUAAUCACUAAAAUAUUACCCGCCACCAAUAUGCCUGGGUCCUGUGGUGCGGCGCGCUACGUCAUGCAGCAGAAAACUGUGCCUAUUUCAUUAGGGAAUAAGGUAUUACUAGCCUCUCCCACGAAGCAAGGCCCAAAGUUUACGAAGAAGCAGCAAGUCAUAUCGGUCAAGUCGCCCACGCCCAAACUGAUGCCGGCACCGCUAGGUGCAACCAAGAAGGCAAUAACUAAUGUAACUAUAUCUUCAAACCCCUUGCGCAAUGUGAUAUUGAAAACCACAGCGCCACCAAAAACGGCACAAAUCACUAAAGAUGGGAAGGUUGUAGUGCAAGGACAAAGAUCGCAAAUACAUCAAAUCAAUGUUCCUGGGAAAGGCAUUCAAUACAUAAGAUUGAUUACAAAUCCAACAGCAUCAACAACCAAAUCGGCAAGCAAAACGUCAGUACAAUCUCACUCGGCGCAACCUAAAUCUUUCGUUCUCACUGAUGCUAAAGGUAAAUUAAUCCAGAUGUCGUCAGAGAAGUCAGUCAGUAGCCAGCCACCGCCCCUCAGCUUCACUGUCAGCAGUGGCAACACUGCCAAGCCAUCUCCUAAAUGGCAACAGAAGUUCGUGAGGAUCGCCUCGGCGCCGGCGGCAGCCAAGAACACAACAGCUACGAAUCAUAACCGAAACUGUUGGGCACAGACGUCGUCCGCCCGCUCGAGCCAGAGCCUGCUAGCGCCACUGUCACCGCUUGCCGUCAAGCUGGAGGAGACCAGCUCCGACUGCCCCGCCCCGGACCAGGCGCCCGAGUCGCAAGGCUCGUCGGAGUCUGAGUCGGAGUCGGAGCCCGCUGCGGCGGACCCGAAGGCGUCGCUGCGCACGCUCAUCGCCGACGCCGUCGGGCCUACCGCUGACGAGGAGGCCUACAGCGCCGACCAGCAGGACUCCGUCCAAGGAGAACAAACAGACAGCGUGGAUCCGGAAAGCCAGGGCCAGGAGGAGCACCCGCUUAUCGUCAUCCCCGCCAACUACAUUAAGCCCGACCCAGCCGCCGACGAAUACGCGCCGCAGGCCGCGGUACGAACCGCGGAUAACUCUGGAAUGAUGAUGUUAGACGAAGAAGCGGCGAACUCUCUCCAAGAACCCACUACACCACCGACGGGAUCUGAAUAUGACGUGACAAUCAAAUCGGACUUCAUGCGGCCACGUCGUGCAUGCAACUGCACCAAAUCUCAAUGCCUCAAGUUGUACUGCGACUGUUUCGCCAACGGAGAGUUUUGCAACCGCUGCAACUGCAACAACUGUUAUAACAACCUGAAUUAUGAAGAGCUCAGGCAGAAGGCUAUAAGGGCGUGUCUGGAAAGGAACCCGAAUGCUUUCAGGCCCAAAAUAGGCAAAACAAAAGCUGGAGGUCCAGAAAUAAUACGAAGACAUAACAAAGGCUGUAACUGUAAAAGAAGUGGAUGUCUCAAAAACUAUUGCGAAUGCUAUGAGGCGAAAAUCGCGUGCACGGCGAUGUGCAAGUGCUUCGGCUGCCGCAACGUGGAGGAGACGCUACACCGGCGCCGCCAGCAGCACGCGCUGUACCGGCCGCCGCCGCUCGCCGACCUCAAGUCAGUACCUCGUACACGGCAUAAGCACACUGUAGAUAGACAACCGUGCAGCUUCAUGACGACAGAAGUGAUCGAGGCGGUGUGCCAGUGCCUAUUGGCGGCAUCAGUAGAGGGCGGCGGCGGCGAAGUGGUCGCUGGUGAUGACGCAGUCAGUCUGGUGCUGGACGAGUUCUCGCGAUGUCUGCAGGACAUCAUCAGCGCUUCACAUCACGCGCCGUCAAGAGAUGACGGACAUUCGUGAUAUUCGAAGAAAAGGGUGACGAAAUAGCACCCGGGCACCAAAAAUCUGUUAAUAUAUUUUCUAAAACCGUAUUCCAUUUAACCAUUAUAGACUUUGUAACGUAUUUAAGAGUAUAUUGGACCUCACUUUUCAUUAUGGCAAUAUUAUAAUUCUCAUAAUAGUAAUAGAUAUUUUCUGGUAUGAGUAUAAUAUGAUAUAUUUUGCUCUUAGUGGCGCUAUGUAGCAAGCACUAAAUACCAAUGAUCUUAUAUCCUUAUCGUCUUAUUUAGAUCAUAUUUCUAUAGUGUUGACAAUCUCAAAAAGUUGAUUUAAUGGAGCUUAUUCAAUUGUGGAUGAAAGUAUAAGCAAUAAGACUAAAUAUGUAUUAGGUUUAGGUUUCUCCGAUAUGGGAUCAAAAGCUUUGUUUUCUCAAUGGCAAGUCUCAGUUUGAAAAAUUAUAGUGAGAUGAAUGACACAGACAAUACAUUAGUUUGAUGUCUUGAUUUUCUUGUAUCAUGAUAUUUUUUGGUAAAUUAAGUCCAUUUUUAUACUUACAUGUAUUGUCAUCUCAAAAUGUAGUUGUAGUUUAUGACAGAGCGAGCAUACCCACCAAACUUCUCACUUGUGCCUUGAAGACCUAUAGGUAUAUUCUAUGUAUGAAUUUGGUAAACAGAUAUGGACGGGUAAAAUUCUUUGGCAGGGUGUGGUAAAAAUAAUGUAGCUAAUGGUUUAUUAAGAAAAUGGCAUGAGGAAAUGUCUUGUUCAACAAUGUUCAUGGGUGUAAAAGGGGAUUUAUACGGUAUAUGUUUAUAGGGGUCUCCAGACUAUAAAGAGCCCCAUAAACAGUAGCCCAGGAGUCCAGAGAACUCUCGGUUUCAACUUAGACAGUGGGCAAGCGUAAUUUUUAUUGCAAGUUAAGUCUAUCCCGCGCUAAGGCCGUUUAUAAAAACGUUUAGUUAUGAGUCUAGCUCAGGAUGGUGUAUAUUUUUGCUCCCGUGCAUUUUAUUUAUUCAUAGAGAAAGCAAGUAAACGUUGACAUCUCAAGUACAUAACAGUAACAUUUCAAAAAAUCUCUGAUUCUAAACUUUAGUAAAAAAACGGAUCGUUAUUUUUGACAGGUUCAUCCGCUGGCAAAGGUACCUAACGAAGUACUAAUGAUUUCGAACGCUAGUAUCUGCUUCAGAACAAGCGCUCGAUAUGGAUAAAAAGCAAUAGUAUAUUUUUAUAUAUUUUAAUAGGAUUUUUUAUGGGGUAGUACGAAAGAUAUUUAGAGUAAUUUGUCCUAGACUGUUAUUUUAAAAUUGACUCUCUGAUUUCCAUUAUUAUAAUGAAAUGCCUAAAGGAAGCCAUUUAUGAAUUUGAUCAAAACUGUAAAUAAUGUUAGUAAGUCAGAUGUUUACGAUUUGUUUAAAUGCUACGUGCUUAUUGUGAAUAUAUCAAAGCGUGUAAAUAUUUUUGUAAAAUACAUUUAACUAGUCAUAAGAACAGCAUACCUUUA